AUGCCACUGCCCCUGACCGAUACCCGGUGUUUCUCCACCCACCUGGCGGGCACCACUAUCUUCUCCAAGGUGGACCUGGUUCUCGGUUACCACCAGGUGCCAGUUAACCCUCAGGACAUGCCCAAGACAGCGGUCGUUCGGCCAUUUAGCCUCAAAGGGGCGGCGCCGACGUUUCAGCUCCUGAUGGACAAUGUACUGCGGGACCUGUCGUUUUUGUUCGUUUACCUGGACAACAUCCUGGUAGCCAGCGCGUCAGCUGAGGUGGAGGCGAUCAUCGAUUUCCCGGGCCCUAACACCGUGAAGCCCCUGCAGGAGUUCUUGGGGAUGGUGAAUUUCUAUAACCGGCAUCUCCCCCGCGGUGCUCACCUCAUGCGGUGGCUGUAUGAAGCUUUACGAGAUAAAGGACCUACGGACAGUGUGGACUGGUCCGCAGAGAUGACAGGGGCGUUCGAGGCUACCAAAGCUGCGCUUGCCAACACCACCUUGCUGGCGCAUCCGUCUCUCACAGCACCAGUGGCUCUCACAACAGACGCCUCGGAUUACGCGGUUGGGGCUGUGUGCGAACAGUGGGUGCGCGGAGCUUGGCAGCCGUCGGCCUUUUUCAGCAAGAAGCUCCACGACAACGAGAGGAAAUACAGCACUUUCGACAGGGAGCUUCUGGGUCUAUUCCUUGCUACGCAUCAUUUCCGUUUUUUGUUAGAGGGGCAACAGUUUACGGCGUUCGUUGACCACAAGCCGCUGACAUUUGCCAUGGUCAAGUCGACAGAGCCGUGGUCGGGUCUGCGACAACGUCAACUGCCUGCGAUCUCGGAGUACACCAACCGUUUUGGCACGCCGUCCGACCUCUCCUCAGACCGAGGUCCACAGUUCACCUCGGAGCUUUGGACUGCGUUUGCCGAAGGCCUGGGGGUGAAGGUCCACCGGACCACAGCAUUCAACCCACAAAGCAAUGGAUUGUGCGAGCGUUUUCAUCAGGACAUGAAAGCUGCUCUCAAAGCCAGUCUGACGGGCAGUGACAGGGUCGACCGCCUCCCAUGGGUUAUGCUGGGUCUACGAUCCGCACCUAAGGAAGAUCUGCCCUCCUGCCGUUGCUCCUAA